CUGGGAGGGAGAGAGUGAACUGGAAAGAGGGCAGAAGAGCGUGUGGACUGGAGAGAGUGCAGCGAGAAAGGGAGAGGGAGGAAAGGCUGAGAGAGGCACACAGAACAGGGUGGGAGUAUAGGGAGAGAGAGGGAGAGGGAGAGAGAGAGAGCAGAGAGAAUUCGUGCUGUGUUAGCAUCCCCACAAGCAACUCCAUCAAUACUGCAUUCAGCUGAGACUCUGCUGCUGUCUGCCGCCUGGCCGAGCCUCGCACCACCAGAGCCUUCUGCCGCUGGACGCUGGUGGAGGAGGAGGAGGAGGAGGAGGAGGAGACGGAGCACACGCUCCAGCCCCUGCUGCAAUCCAGAGUGCGAGGAGCGGAGUGUUUGAGCGAGGAAGAGGACGAGGAGGAGGAGGGGUACAGCAGGACACUGAGUGGAAUAGCGGAGGAGAGCGGGCGAGCAGAGAGAGAGAGAGAGAGAGAGAGAGCGCGAGCGGACCGCUGGGGGGGACUGGAGCGCUGCUAUGAGCCGCUGAUCGCCCCGAGGCAGGAGACUCCCGCCGCACCUGCCCCACCUGCUCCACCCACGCUGGCUCGGAACAGGUCAUGUGGAGGAGCUGAGGCGUGCGAUGGCCAGCCUGGACCGACAGGUCAUGCUCAUACACCCCCUGCAGUGCUACCCUCGCCUUCCGUCCAAGCAGCCGCGUCCCCACAUCUGACCCCCCGCUCCCCCCCCCCUGCCCCUGGGAGAGCCUCUGGGAGAGUCCCAGGCUUCAGUCUGGGCCCACCAUGGGAGGAUGCUUCUCCAAACCCAAACCAGUGGAGGUGAAGGUGGAGCUGUCCCUCCUGGAGAAGGAGAGGGAGGUGGACGGCCUGUCCCCCAACGGGAAGGCCAGCCCCCUGGGCGACCGCCGGCCCAACGGGGCCCCGGGCCACUGCUCCGACGAGGAGGCCCCGCCCCCCCGCCUCUACUCCAAACCCCGCGACUACGUGGAGGCCACCAUCUGCCACGUCAAGGACCUGGAGAACGGACAGAUGCGUGAGGUGGACGUGGGCAGCGGCAGGGCUCUGCUCAUCAAGGAACACGGAGAGUUCUCCGCCAUCGCACACAAGUGUCCGCACUACGGCGCGCCACUGGUCAAAGGUGUGCUGUCUAAAGGCCACAUCCGCUGCCCGUGGCACGGGGCCUGCUUCAACAUCGCCAGCGGGGAGCUGGAGGACUUCCCGGGCCUGGACAGCCUGGCCACCUUUCAGGUCCGGGUGGAGAAGGACAAGGUGAUCAUCCGAGCGAACAAGCAGGCGCUGCAGGCUCAGAAGCGCUCCAAGCCCAUGUCGCGGUGCUCGGCGGUCAUCAACUCCAACACGGGCUUCAGCCACGUGCUGAUCAUCGGCUCAGGCCCGGCCGGUCUGGUGUGUGCGGAGACGCUUCGACAGGAGGGCUUCACCGACCGCAUCGUCAUGGUGACGGCGGACCGCCACCCGCCCUACGACCGGCCUAAACUGAGUAAGUCUCUAGAGAGCACCGCUGAGCAGCUAAGGCUGCGCUCGCCUGAGUUCCUGCAGGACCACGACAUCGAGGUGCUCACCGAAAAGGAGGUGGCGGUCGUGGACGUCAAGAUGCGGGCGGUGACCUUUGUGGACGGCUCGAGGAUGGAGUACAGGAAGCUGUUCAUUGCCACCGGAAGCAGACCCCGACCAAUGAGCUACCAGGGAAUGGACGUGGCCAACGUCUUCCACCUGGGGACCCCCGACGACGCCAACAGCAUCGCCCGGCUGGCCAACAACAGGAACGCUGUCGUCGUGGGAACCUCCUUCAUCGGCAUGGAGGUGGCAGCUGCCCUCACAGACAAGGCCCACUCUGUGUCCAUCAUCGGGAUCGAGUCCAUCCCCUUUAAGAAGGCUCUCGGGGAGAAAGUAGGGAAAGCCAUAAUGAAGCUGUUUGAGGCGAACAGGGUGAAGUUCUACAUGCUGAACGAGGUCUCGGAGAUGAAAGGCCAACAUGGAGAGCUCAAAGAGGUCGUUCUGAAGAGCGGGAAGAUGCUGAGGGCCGACGUCUGCGUCAUCGGAACAGGAUCGGUUCCUGCUUCGGGCUUCCUGAAGCAGAGUGGGAUCCACAUGGACUCCAAAGGCUUCAUCACUGUCAACAAGGCGAUGCAGACCAACGUGGAGGGGGUGUUCGCCGGCGGGGACGUGGUGGCCUUCCCCUUCCCUCAGCGCAACAACAAGAAAGUGAACAUUCCUCACUGGCAGAUGGCCCACGUCCACGGGAGAGUGGCAGCACUCAGCAUGAUGGGGAAACCCGCAGAGGUUCAAACGGUGCCUUACUUCUGGUCGGCCAUGUUUGGGAAAAGCAUCCGCUAUGCAGGUUACGGUGAAGGCUUUGAUGACGUCAUCAUUCAAGGUGAUCUGGAGGAGCUGAAGUUCGUGGCCUUCUACACCAGGGGUGAGGAGGUGGUGGCGGUGGCCAGCAUGAACUACGACCCCAUCGUGUCGCGCGUUGCUGAGAUCCUGGGCUCGGGGAAGUUGAUUAGGAAACGGGACGUGGAGACAGGAGACAUCUCCUGGUUGAGCGACAAAAGCUCUCAAUGAGGAGCCCUGCGUGGCCCCCAGGGUCCGUAUGAACGCCCCCCCACCCUGGACCCCGACGCGGUGCUGGGACCCCUCACCCCGGUCUGGGGGGGCUCCGCUGGGGUGGGACCCCCGGAGGAGCGCCCUGACCUGGUCCCUCCCCCGGGACGGGUUUAAGCUCCGCCCCUCUGAGGACCCGGAGGACUGAGGCUCAUGACCCGAGUCCCGGACGUUCCUGAGUGACACUCGGGUUGGGCCAAUCCUGCUGUGAGAUGUAUUUCAUGCCAGUACGUCGUGUUUCCCUAACUCACUAAAGCUUCACCGGUGCGGGAAGGCUGGGAUCUCGCUCUUCUCCUGUAUGUACACAUUGUUUAUAAGAUGCCAGGGUUGGGCAUUGGCUAUUUUUUACAAGCAACACUGUACAUAGCUACGAUCCCGAAUGGGGAUCAUUUUGACAGAAUAUCUAUCUUGUUGUAAGCAUCAACUUCCUGCUUGUGGUAUGUUACCCCAAUCCUGGGAUGUAAACACGUUGAAGAGCAGUGCACCUGCAUGGUCCCACUCAUAGAAUAGGAGACACAUCUUCACUACAGAGACAUCGUUACCCGUUGAAAAGACACAAGAAACCAAAGGGCCUUUGUCUUCCAGGGCAGCAAACCCCAUCCUCCCCUUGUCACGCGUUAGAUCACUGAGAUGUGCACAGCUGUAGUUCUCAUAACGCCCGUGGAUUAGAGGUCACUCCCUCGGUGACAUAGCCUCACUAAUAGACUGUCACUAAUAGACU